CGGGUGGAGGGGGGGCGCCCGGCGGAGGAGAAAGAUGGCAAUGUCUCUCAUCCAAGCGUGCCGCAGUCUGGCUCUCUCAACAUGGCUGCUUUCCUUUUGUUUCGUGCAUUUGCUGUGUCUGGACUUCACCGUAGCUGAGAAGGAGGAAUGGUACACAGCGUUCGUGAACAUCACCUACAUCGAGCCGGGGUCGCCGGCGGCGGGGGCGCUGGGCGCCUCCGGGGAGCUGCGCAGCGAGAAGAGCGAGUGCGGCCGCUACGGCGAGCACUCGCCCAAGCUGGAUGCCCACGGCCGGGUGGCCAUGGCCAGUUCCGUCCAGGAGCGCCUGGCCUGCGACCCCAACACCAAGUUCGCCGUCCCGGCCCACGUCAAGCACUGGAUAGCCCUCAUCCCCAAGGGCAACUGCUCGGAGAAGGACAAAAUCCGGCAUGCUUUCAUGCAGAACGCCUCGGCGGUGGUCAUUUACAACGUGGGGACCAACACGAACGAGACCACCACCAUGUCCCAUCCAGGUGUGCAAGACAUUGUUGCAAUAAUGAUUCCUGAGUCGAAAGGAAAGGAGAUAGUGACACUCCUGGAUAAAAACAUUACUGUGAUGAUGUACAUCACCAUUGGGACCCGCAACUUGCAGAAAUACGUCAGCCGCACGUCGGUCGUGUUUGUGUCCAUCUCCUUCAUUGUGUUGAUGAUCAUAUCACUCGCUUGGCUGGUCUUUUAUUAUAUUCAGAGGUUUCGAUAUGCAAACGCCAGGGACAGGAACCAGCGUCGUCUGGGAGAUGCCGCAAAGAAAGCCAUCAGCAAGCUUCAGGUCAGGACCAUCAAGAAGGGCGACAAGGAAACUGAGCCUGACUUUGAUAACUGUGCAGUUUGUAUUGAAGGCUACAAACCGAAUGAUGUUGUGCGGAUCUUGCCCUGCCGACAUCUUUUCCAUAAGUCCUGCGUAGACCCAUGGCUGCUAGACCAUCGAACCUGUCCCAUGUGCAAGAUGAACAUCCUUAAGGCCCUAGGCAUCCCGCCCAAUGCAGACUGCAUAGAUGACAUCCCACCGGACUUUGAAGGUUCCAUAGGAGGGCCACCAACCAAUCAGAUUACAGGUGCAAGUGAUACAACCGUGAAUGAAAGUUCUGUUACUUUGGAUCCCGCUGUCCGAACUGUGGGAGAAUUACAAGUAGUCCAAGAUGCAGACGCCACUCCCCAGGAAGGGGAAGUUAACUUUACAGCCAACAAUGAACAAGAGCCAGCAGUCAGCAGCGAUUCAGAUAUCUCGCUGAUCAUGGCGAUGGAAGUUGGACUCUCUGAUGUAGAGCUUUCUACUGACCAAGACUGUGAAGAGGUGAAAUCCUGAAAUGUUGAGCAAAGACAAAGGGGAUGGUCGGGCUCCAGGGGGAAGGGGAGGGGCGAGCUUCAGGCCUCACUACACUCAUCCACCUCCAGACCACCACCACAGCUUCAGUGUGCUCCAUUCCGGGAGGGUCCACGAAAAGCAAUACGUAGAGUUUCAUCAACCUGGACGCAGUUUCAGCAUCUCUCCAUCAGUCCAUAAUGUUGGCAGCUUGGAAGUCGAAAGCGGAUUUAUUUUCCACCACCCCCACGUGCCCAAGGACAUGGGCUUCAGCGGCUCAGAAAACAGUGACUGAACGGACAGCUUCGAGAGUGUUUCCUACUUUCAUUUCACCUUCUUAUUUCCACCCUCCCUCCAUCACUGGCGACUUUUGUUUGGGGGUGGUUGGUAGUGCUGUUGACAUUUUAUUCAGUAUUGUUGCUGUUGUUUUUAAGGGUAUCUGUAAUUUGCUUGAUUUGGGGGCUCCCUUCAGCUUAUUCCUCCCACAUUCUUGUCAGGAAGCAACCAGUGCCUGCUCUGAUCCAUUUGCAAUCCAUCUCUCAGAUUUCCGACCUUGACAUUUCAUCAUGAAGUAUGCAUGGGUCUGAGAAGAACUGGUGCCCCAUUCCUUCAUCACCAUCUGAACCAGCUUUCAUUAAGAUUUUCAAUUCUCCCAAGUGAGUCCUGAAAAUCACAUCUGCCAGAGGGCUCCCCCUCCCCAGUUCACUUGACUCCAAUCCCUGAAUCGGAAGCUGAAGUCACAUUGUCUUGGCUUCCACUUGCCAAGUGCCAUUAAAGGCACAUACAUGUCUCAUAAAAGGGAAAGGAAUAGGGUUCACUUUUUGCAAGUUUGGAACAUCUCCAGUUGUAUUACUAGCAUUCCGUGACUUUGAAGGGCUGGUAGCUGGGGACUCGUGAGAAGUUGUACAGCCAAGGCCUGGGCUCUCUUUUACCUUCAAGCCAAAAUCCUUGUGCAUUGAUUGGUUCCCAUGAGUAUAUGGGUCCAUAUUGGGUCAUGGGUGAGCUGGGCUUGGUAGGUUAUGAAAACUGACUAGGGAAAAGCUAUGGCAGAGUUGGCUAUUUCAGACCCUUAAGUAUAGUAAAGACAAUAGCAGGAGCAGCAGCAAUAACAGCCACCAUAUUCCCCUUAAUCCCUAAACCUGGUGUUUACACCCGACUCUGGUCCAUAUGGAAGGAUUCCUGAGCCUGGUCCAUAUGGAAGGAUUUAGGUAACUCCUUAAUGAAUGAUUUGCCCCUGUUCCCUUAGCACAACUGUUUGCCAGGGGAAGAGUAAUCCUUCUACAUCAUUUUAUCCCCAGAAGAACAGCGUGGGACUUGACUAAAUCAAGUUUCUCCCAGCUGUGAGAGGCUGAGCAAAAGAAAAUGAAAAGAAGAGGCACUGAGUAAAUGUGAAAGCCUACCAGGGUUUUAAAACUGGGUUUUUAACUUUUUAUUUUUCUCCCCCUACCUUUCGCAGAGAUGUGCUAUUUUUAUAGCAGGUAAUCACAUAUUACAUUUGAACUGUCCAAGUGCAGAGAAGACUUUUAACUUGACUUGGUCAGUGUCUCUUGCUAAUGAUCACCGAAGCUCCUCACCCACUGUGUGAAGCCCCGCGUUGUCCGUAGUUGAAAACUGGGUGUAAAUCUCCCUUUACGUUCCCUCUGUGUUCUGAGGAAGACCCUUUUACCCCACUUCAGAAACCCACUCAACAAACAGAUGGGGGUUUUGCUGUCAGGAUAUGCUGCUUGCCAAAACAUGGAAGUUCUGGGAGACCACUGGCCAUUGUUAUCUGUUAUUUAAAAGGUCCCCUCUGGGCAGGUUUGCAGAUUGCCAAAAAAAAAAAAAAAAAGGUAAGGAAGUGUUUUCUGCCUAUAGGAACUUAUCACCCAUCUGGAACUCAAAUUAGAGAUGAGAGAUCUUUGAAUAUGGCCUGGCCCUUCUUUACUGAGAGACCCUUGUCCACAGCUCUGACCAUGAUGUGGAACUGAAAGUAGGAAUCGGGGGAGGCACCCUGGCUUGGGGAGGAGAAUGGAAGGAACUUUUCUCUCUAUGACCUCAGCCUGUUUCAGGUCUGGGAGCUAAUCUAUUGCAGAUAGAGUCCUUGACAAGAGCCUAAAUCUGGGCAACAUAAAAAUGCAUUGUUCUGUACUUUUUCUAAGUGACUUUUAAGAUACUAAGUGAUACGAGAUCCUUGGUUGAAAGGUAUUAUAGACAAACAUUGACUAUCCAGCUGUGGGUUAUCCAUAGAAAACUCUUAAUCCCAGAUGAGUUUUCUCUUUUUUACUCAAUAUACACCUGGACCACCUCUCCUCCCCAUCAAUCACUGUGGGCUCAGAAGAUACAAACCGAUUUAUUAAAUUGAGACAAACAUGAUUGAGACAAAUCUGUGAUUUAAAAAAUCAUAAUACAUUCCAAAGCCAGAUUUUUUAAAUGACUUUUGAAUUACAUUAUGCUUCUGAAUUAUCAGUAUCUUUAUUCCCCUAUAAUAAUAAAGAUAAGCAAGAGUGAUAGAUAUAUAUGAAAUAAUAAUUGUAAUUAUUAUUCAAGCUGACCUUACAAGACUUCCUUUAUACGGGUCUCAGUUUCCUCAUCUGUAAAAUGAGGUGGUUCAACUAGAUGAUCUUUAAAGUUUCUUCUCUAAAGCUAUGGUCCUCUGAGUCUACCUUUGUGAUCUGGCAAGUCAAUCACAAGGCCUCUACUUCUUCCUCUGGGAAAUAGGUGACUUGGACUAGGUGAUCAAUCUCCUAUAUGAUUUCCAGUGAAAUCCUAUGAUUUGAGCUACAAAGACAGAAACCCACAAAAUAGUGGGUAGCCUCCUGCAGUUUCUGUUGUGAUCAUAGAGCUCUGUGCUUCAUAAAAUAUCACAUUUAUAGUCAAUACCCAUUUAUUAAGCACCAGUUAUUCCAAAUGAAGGACUGUGUUGGGAGAAAUCCAAAAGUAAUUCAGACAUGACCUCAACACAUCAUAUCAAUAAAGGCCUCCAAUUUUUGCAGAAGUUAUCUAUUUACCUGAGCUGCAACUAGAAAUUCUUUCACCUGGGCCAAAAUUAACUGAGCCUGAAGAGGGGAAAGUGCAGAAGAAAAUUUAGAUAUUUGUGCCCAUUUACUAUAUCUUCAUUUAGGCUCUGCUCAUUAUUGAGAUCAAUUUGAGGAUUAGUCACUAAAGUGACUCAAGUUGAUAAUGAGAGACCAGUCUGAGUUAGAGCAAAGGAGACAGUUUGCUAGUCAUCUCCCUCCACCCCUUUCUAUGGGUAUAAAUGCCACUCAAAUAGACUUAUGUAUCCAAAGAUAACUUUUUUUCCUUUUUUAAAAAAUUAAUGCAGGGUAAAAGAGCCCUUUGGGAAAUUUUUGUGAGGGGGAAGGAGUCCCAAAUGAUUCAACUAUGCCAUGGAUAUUAAUUAUUUCUUGUGGUUUUUUUUUUACCAAUUAUUAUUUUGAAAAAGACUACACAGUCAACUUUGAUUUGGUAAUGAAAUAAAAUUUAGUGUUUCAUGGAAUCAGGAGCCCAUAGGGAUUCCAGAUCUCUGCUUGUCCCUCCCCAAUCUAACUUAGCCAUCAGAUUUUCUUCCCCAAAUACAAUAAUCAUAAUUAUUAUGUAAGCUGACUUUACAAGACUUCCUUUAUACGAGUCUCAGUUUCCUCAUCUAUAAAAUGAGAUAAUUCAAAUAGAUGAUCUUUAAAGUUUAAAGUUUCUUCUCUAAAGCGAGGGUCCUCUGAUUCUACCCUUGUGGUCUUGGCGAGUCAAUCAUGGGGCUGCCACUUCCUCCUCUGGGAAACAGGUGACUUGAGCUAGGUGAUCAAUCUAUGUGAUUUCCAAUUAAAUCCUAUGAUUUGGGAUACAAAUUCAAUCCUACAGAUAAUUCUUAAACUCAUGGAUUUCAGUUUCAAGGGGAGAAGAAUACUAAAUAUUGCCAUUAGGAAGUCUCCACCAAUACAGGGUUUUUGGACACCUGAGGAAAACAACAGAAUUCCAGGUCUAUGAUCUAUCCAGUUAUAACCCAAUGGAUCAAAAAAGCUUUCUUUUUAUCAAAUAUAAAUUUUCCUCCUUGAAACUUUACUGUAUUUUUAGGCAAUUAGGGUUAUGGGACUUCAUUUGCUAGUAACAAUCUGAGACUGGAUUUGAACUCAGCGCCAGUGCUCUAGCCACUCUUCUACUUGGCUGCCUCUCCCUGGUUGUCUAAGAACUAACCUCUGGAGUCAAGCAGAACAAUCCUCAAUCCCUUUUCCACAUGAUAACCCAUCAGAUACUUGAAGGCAACUAUCUUGUCUGCUUUAAGUCUUCUUUUCUCCAAGCUAAAAUUCCCCAUUAUCUUCAACCCAGGAUCCAUAUGGCAUGGAAUUGAUGUUCAUCUCCAUUUUCAUUCCCUUCUAUUGAACAUUCUCUCAUUUGUCUGUUUCUAUCCUAAAAUGUGGCUUUUCCUUUUGGGAAAAAUCUGGAGGCUCCUAUUAUUAGUACAAACACAUUCUUCUUGGACGUGACCUAAAGCUUGAUUCUCAGUACAAGAUAACUUCCUAUGUAGGUGAGAGUUUUGAGGAAGAUGAGUGAGUCAAAAGUGGAAGACAUUCGUGUCCAUUUAGCUAAGCCUAACAGGAGAUGCUCCAUUAGUAUUUGUGGGUUAAGAGGCUUGAAUUUGAUGGAAUUCAUGACUUCACAUCAGAAUCAAAUAGCCAUUUCAGGUAUGACUCUCAAAAAUCAUUCUCGCCUCCUUCGCAAACAGGAUACAGGAAGUCAUGGACUCCUGAGACAUCUUCCGCUAACAUCCUUCUCCCCUCUUGGAACUUGAGAAUCAUAGAAGGUUAGAAAUGGAAGCUUAAACAAUGUCAUCUAGUCCAGUCACUUCAACCUCACUUCUCAUUUUCUCAUCCUGUUUCCUCUUUUUUUAUUUUCUCUUCCCUCCUUUCCUUGCUUCCUUUCUUUCCCAGAUCUCUCCAUAGGUUAACCAGUGAAACUCUCAAACACCACUCAAGACUAAAGAAGUCUAUGGAUCCUAAUCUGUCAUAUUUUGGUUUUGGUUUUGGUUUUGUUGUUCUCCACAUACUGUUGUAUCUAGAUUUGAGCUUCUAAUGAGAAAAGUCAUUUGUAAUAAAGCAAAUGGGAAGUGCAGUUUCACAAGGUAGUGAGUUCCCCAUUUCUAUAGGUACUUAAACUGUCAAAAGUGUCAUCGAGGACAUUCAUACUUUGAAAAAGGAGUUGAAUUCAGUCAUUGGAAUUCAAUUCAAAAUUGGAAGAGAGUUUGAGGUCAUUUAAUAGACCUGAGUUUCCUUCCAACUGUGAUUUUAACCCAAUUUUCUUAUUUUCACUCUUUCUUCAUUUCACCAUUCUUGUCCCAAACCACUGAUAACCCUUGUUCCUCCCAAGUUUUCUUGUCAUUAACUGACCCCUUGAUAAUAAUACAUCUAUACUGCAAUCUGAUUCACUAUCUCCUUACUGUCACUACUAUUUCAACUCCUCCCCUAAUUCUUCCCUUCAACAAUUUCCCAAAGAGCUCUGGGGAUAGAAUAAUCCAUUCCCACCAUUCACUCAUAGGAUCAUUCAAGCAUAAAUAAAGAACUAGUAGGGACCUCAGAGGCCAUCUCACCCAAAUUACAAUUUAAUUUACAAUUAAGGAAACUCAAGCCCAGCUCAUCGAAAUGAUUUGUACAAAGUUAAAUGGGUUAUAAAUGUCAGACACAGUAUCUGAGCCCAGCUCCUUUGAGUCCAAAACUAGUAUUUUCAUUAAGCCAUCUCUCACCUUAGUUCUUAUAAUUAUUUCACUACAAAUACAUUGUGGGGUGAUUAGAGAUCUUCAAAAAUAUGAUUGACUUCAAAUGGAGAAAGAGGAAGAUAGUAAUGGCAAUCUCCACUUGGUCAAGUUGGUGACAUCCAGGGAAUAGUAUAGCCACUUAGCAAAUGUUGGUUAACCAAAACUAAUGAGUGCCUUGAAUAAUAGUGGUUAAAGGAGAGUGACAAAAUUAAAAAAAAAACAAAACUCCUUUGCUCACACAGUGAGAGGAGAGGCAAGUUUGGAGGAUCUUGAAAUGAGAAGAAAAUGAAUAUGAAAACAAGAAUACCCGAGUUAGAAUGCCACAGGCUCUACUUCUAACUUCUUGGGCAACCUGGACAGGUUGCUUCUCCUCUCAAUGCCUCAGUUCCCUCAUCUAUUAAAAAAAAAAAUUAGUGUUGGACUAGUUGUCCAACUAGUUAGAAUUUUAGAAAAUUAGACUAGUUGACUCAAUUUCCCUCCAGCUCUAAAUCUGGAAGUAGCUAUGAUUAUUGACUGGAUGUAAAGACUAGGAUUUCAGUUCUCCGUUGAAUGGACUUCUUAUUGAGAGCCAUGAUGGCAGUCCAUGACAGUGGAGUGAAAAGAGAGGAGAUUGAUUCUCAGUAAACAAUGAUUAAAUUCUCAUCGUUACUCACUCCUUUUCCCUGGGCCUUCCUUCCUCUCCACCUAACAACCCCAAGGCUCUCUGUGAUAAAAGCAGGCCUUAUUUUAAAAGCCCACGGAUCAAUAAUCAGCCUCUUCCACUUCGAUCCCUUUAAUGGAACUGAAUUGUAAUCCCCGGAAUGGGUGGUGAGGUUCCAGAUCCUGUAGAGGGCCAUUAAUAACCAGACUUCAGUUACCACUUGCCCAACAAAAGCUCUCCAGUUGUAAUACUUAUUCAACAAGGAAAAAACCAAGGUCAAGUCCAUCUCUUUGUCUUGCCCUCCAAACUCAGGCUGGUUCUUGUGCUCCGUAAUCAAGAGACUCUUUCAGGAAAAACCAUUUUCAAAGCUCUUCAAUCUAUCGGCGUUACACCUAAGGAACAACUGUUCAGUUCCCAUUUAUUGACAAUGAUAAGACAAGUGCUUUUCUUAGGAGACUAAAGUACGGCCUCACCACUAUGAUGGAGGGGGAGAAACGAUAUAGAAAAUCCCUCUCAUCCUAUGCCAGGGUAAGGCUCUUUGAUCUCCAAAUCCUAGAGAUUCCUGUGACGUUGCCAUUGAUUUUGAAAUGAUGGGUCAUAGGAAAAGGGAAUGGGAGAAAGAAAGGGAUCACACACUUACUCUACAGACCAAAGACAGAAUCAUUAGGUGGAUGAGCUGUUUCUUGCUUGGAUAAAGCUUUGUUUUCUUCAAAUAUUUCCACAAACGAAAUUCAAGGUAAAGACAGAAAGAGAGGAUAUGUCAUGGAAGGAGUGCUAGAUGACCUGGAUUCAAAUUCUGAUUUAAGUGACCAUAUUAGGUAAGCUAUCUCAUAGCCUCAGUUUCUUCACGUUUCUUUCUUAAAAUGAAGGAGUAGAGUAUGCAAUCCCAGAAGUCCCUUUUGAGACUAAUAUUUCUGAGAUUCUAAAUCCCAGCGUGAUAUCUGGGUAUUCUCUCAAAUAUUGAUUUAUUUUACCAAAUCCCAAAGUCUAAAACAAGUAGUGGCCUUAGACCCCCCCAUCUCUCCCAUUGAGAGCUUAGCCCUCAUUCCUCAGAAACUUCACCCCAAUCCAUUGCUUUCUUAAAAACUUAGUUGUUCUCACAUCCUUUUGUCUGGAAUUGAGAAUGAAAUAGAGAAUAUGUUGAUUUGCAAAUUGCCAAAGAACGUCCAUUUAUGUCCAGUGGCUAUACACAGUGUCUCCAGAUCUCUAGAAAAAAAAAAAAAAAAACACUAGAGUGUUCCAGGUACAAAUAGAUAUUUGUGCAGUUGAAGAAUGAGUAAUAGUCUGAAACUUGUUGCUGUACCCCAUUCUUGGGAGGGGGCAGGGUGCCCUCUGCUGGAUCAUCUCUUCUCUUACAGAAUCUUGACAUGACUUUUUCACUCUUUAUUUAAAAUUACAACUGCUUCUUCAGUAACCUCAAUAUGACUCACUUUUAAAAAAUAAAAAUUAAAAAAAAUCACAUAUAAAGAAUACUGGAAAAUUGGAUGGGAAACCCAGGUGGACAGGCAAUCUCAUUAUCAGCAGCAACUUUUCUUCUGUAAAAUAGAAAAACUCAUGAUGCUGUUUUCCAAGAAGGUUUGGCCAGCUGGAAUGAUUGCCUAGAGAUCUAAAAUCAGGGACUAAUCGUUUUGUCCUUAAUACCCUGAUAAUUUGGCCAUGUGAAAUUCACAAGGAAGAUCAAUAAACAUGCUUCUUUCUGAUGAAUGUAAAGGGUGUGGACGAUCCAAGUAUAUUUGUAUCUGUACAUAGCCCCAUAUUUAUUUCUCACUUCCACCUUAGUCAUCUGGAAAAGGUUGUACCAUUUUAUAAUUAGAAAAAAAAAUGUAGGGGGGGGGAGGGAAGGGAGGGACUGUUAUUUUUAUAGUGGGAUGUUCCUUGUAUUUAGCAAACUUUACAUGAUUUUUGUACUUGUGAAAAGAUACAUUCCAUCCAUUUCCAAGGGGAAAAAUAGAUUUUUUUUCUUUAAGGUGGAUUUUAAGAUUGAAAAGGAUGUGGGCUCCAUUUAACAUAAGUUGAGCUGAGAGUGGGUCAUUCUGGCUUGUGGAGUCAACCUCCUAAGCAGUAUCUAAUGGUAUCAGGCUUAUUAGACUGCAAAACAUUACCAGCAAAGGCCAGCAUACAAAAUGUGAAAACACACAUACACAUACUUAUUUUAACUCCUUUUACACUUUCUCACUUGAGCAUAAGCUAAUCAGCUGCCCUAUUGGAUCUAUUUUCCAGUUAAGAGAUCACUUUUUUGUAAUAUUUUUUGAAGCACUGGUUGGACCGGGCAUGAAGGACAAUUUUUAGGACUUUCCUCAUGGAAAUCCACUAUUCUUUCCUGAAUAUGCCCUGAAUGUUUCCUAGUCAAAUGGAUCCCAAUCCAGAUGUGCUUUCUACAAGAGGAAUCGCCAUCCAGUUCUUCAUGAGACUUGUAUGAACAUCCAGAUCGAUUCCUCAUUCAGAGCAUCACUAGGACCUGCUGAGGAGACACAGACCCGGCAAUCUCAGCACCAAACGCCAGUGGCAUUUGCAUUUCUUGUUAGGGUUUUCCCUUGGCCUUUUUGCUGGCCACAGUUCGGUAGCAGAGGUGCGUGGAACGGGCCAUUUUUUAUCCCACCAUCCUUUUCUGUACAGAACUGCAGAUGUAUUUUGGUGGUAAGUGCAGGUCCAGGCAUGAGUUUAUUUCAUUCUAUAUGUAUCUCUCCCCCACCUUCUUCCUCCAUCCCUCCCAAUGCACUUUAAAUCUCUCUUGAAAAAUAGAGGAAUCAGAAAACUCUAAAAGGGAUUCCUUUGCCUGAUUAGGAAGAAGCCCAGACAUAGACUCGGCUUUAUUGGACUCUGCCAUGUGCUUCCAAGAGCACAGAGAGUAGGUCUUACUUUGGGGGUAGUAGAAAAAUAUGGAGGAUGAUUGGAAACCUUCAGUAGUAUGACAUGGCUAUUUUUGUUAUCUAGAAGAUUCUAAUGUAAAUAAAUGCAACUGUGUUAUUAUGUACCAGUAAAAAUCUUGAAGCUAUAAAAGCUAAACCAAGGAUUGUGAA